CCAUUGUUUGGGCACUUCUAUUUGUACUUCAGCCCACAUUUCAAGAUGAGAGAAGAAAUUUCCGAUGAUGUUCCAAAUCCUGUUAAGAACACGAGGCAUAGGCAGCAUCAACGCAGCCGAUCUCUGGACGCUUUCGACAACCUCGACCUAUUAGAGGCACAGAGGCUUUUCCGGCAAAAGUAUCUGCAGAACAGAGCCAAAUUCGAGACUCAGGGCAACGACACAGCCGACAACGUCCGUCCUGUGAACGGAUGGGUGGUUUCAAAAUCUCGGCGUUUUUCGACUGAUGAAGAAAGAAGCAGCUCCACUGUUCAAGAGUCCAUCGCAAGCACCAAAGUGAAAAACAAUGGUGACGAUACGCUUAAGGCCCCUUCUCUUGUCAGAGAAAUUUCUACAAAAUACGUAACACCAGUACACAAAUCGAUGCUCGAAACAACAGUUAAAGAAGUGCCGUCGAAAUCGUUGAGCAAUUCCUUGCCACUAACGGCGUUUAGUAGAUCGACCAACAGCAACGUACACUUGCGUCGAACAAUGUCUGCGCGUGAAGGGAAUUUGGAUGGGCGAAAUGUUUCCAGAAUUAAUGAUAUUAAACCACUGCAGACUAGAUGGGCGCAGCGGGCGACACCAACAGAUGACCACUUAAAAUCAACUGUCCACGGCCUUCGGAAACACUCGACUUCAGCAAAGUUCGAAGUAACUGACUCCGCCGUUAACGGGGCUGAAACAAUACAGACCAAAUGGACACAACGGGCGGUGGCUGUGGGUGAUGUUUCUAAGACAUCAGACUUCCAAUCAGCUGUUCACUACCUUCGGAAACCCUCGCUCCGUACCACGACCGAUGAAGUGGAUUCUAGUGUUAACAGAACUGGGGCGCACCAGAUCAAGAGUGCAUAUCCAGCUGUGGGAGAGGGAGACAUCACCAACAGAUCAGACUUAGAAUCACCUCUCUCCUACUCUCGGGUAUACGCGUAUCGUACCACAGGUAGCGAAACUGGAGAGACUGUUUCAAAAACAGCCGAGAACAAACUAAAUAAUAAAAGUUCUUUAUUCAUCUAUCUUAAUCGUCCUACAACUUCUAGUGUUAACACAGAAGCGGCACGAAAUCAUCGGCAGGACCAACACGGAACCACCGUCAACAGCAGUACAAGUCUAACGGCAACAGAAAGAAACAAGCAGAGAAGUUCCCCGUUUUCUCUGAGUACCAACACUAGAAACGUCGAUAUUACGAAUGAAUCACCGGGUUCUCAGAACGGCGCUGAGAUUUCUGUCUCUUCAGGGCUCUACGCUGCGGCAACGAGAACGCCACUGGCAUAUUCUUCUUUCAAAACUGGAAUGCUCAAUAAGACGUGGAAACCAGUACCUGUGCAUAGGCAUAGCUCAUUCAACGAUGCUACGACGCAAGACAUCUCUAAGAUAAGAGGUUAUCGGUCUAUAUCUCGCACUAAAAGCGACCUAGACAAAUACAGAACAAUCCCCGGAACAGGCACCUCAGCCAGCGACAAGCCACAGUCUGUCCGAAGCACACUACCUCUCGUGUCGCCACCAAGCGCGAAGUUAGUUGUUAAGGCUCGAGAUGAAAUUCUGCCAUCCACCGCAUCUCUUAAAACGCAGUUCAGAAGGUUUAAUCCUCCCACUUCGUAA